GACACUCAGCUUUCUUCUGUUAGGGAUAUUUUUUGUCGAUUUUCACUUUAGACUGAAGGAAUAUUCAGAUGGAAUUGUUAGGAGUCCGUUGCAUUUGUUCGCCGGUUGCUAUGUUAUAUUUGUUGAGGCUAUUAUAAUGUUGCUGCUGCUGUAUGACUGCAUCUAUGGCUAUAAGAGAAACUCACUGGUAGCCAUUUAUAAGGUUCUCUUCCAAAUCGUAGUUCUAUACCUCUUGCAAGUCAAUUUGAGAUUGAUGUGGAGUAGAGAUGAGUCAGGUGAAAAUCCAACUGCAAAUCAACAGUCCAAUAUUAAUAAUAAUAAUAAUAACAAUCAUCAUCUUAAUCUUCUUCCUCCUUCCCAUCAUCAUCAUCAUCAUCACUUCAUGAACGAAAAUAGCAGCUCCAUGCUAUUCAUGGCUCUCGCACUGAAUAGCGCGCAAAUAAUUGUCUACACUUGUUUCCUAGACGGUCUGCAAAGGACGAAAGUUCUGGAAAAGAGAAAGUCGCCGGAGACCAGGGCCUCCUUUGUUUCUCUGUUGACGUUUUGUUGGUUCACAAGAUUUCUGGUAUCGGCGGACAGAGAAAGCAUAGAUAGCGAUGACAUCUGGUCCCUCAAUGAUGACCACGCAAGCCAAAAAUUACAUCAACUGUAUCGAAUGUUGAGAGAGAAGCAGCAGCAGCGGCCACAGCAGCGGCGGUGGUUACCACAGCAGCGGCGGUUACAGCAGCAGCAGCAACAGGACCUGCCUCUGCUACAUCAUCAGCAACGACAUCUACAAUGUCGAUUGCCGGAUGGCGAUGGAAAUAAUAUAAAUGAUUAUAAACGUAAUAAUAAUAAUAAUAAUCACGAUGACGUCAUAACUGCAAAUGAUCUCGGUAACAAUAAUAACGACAACAAUAUUAGCAAUAAUAAUAAUAAUAAUAAUAAUAAUAAUUUUGAAAUAAAGUUAACAAAUAUUUUGUUUUGCAUGUUCUAUAAAAUGUUUAUAAAUGGCGCAUUGCUUAAUGUUAUAAGUGACUUGCUCAUGUUUGCAACACCCUACCUACUAAGGCUCUUACUGGCCCAUCUAAAUAAUUCUCCUCAGAAGAGCAGCAACAGCCUGAGUAGCAUCAACAGCACUAAUGACAUCAUCAACCACUACGUCAUCAACAACAAGAACGACGAUGACGUCAGCAACACCAACAACGCUAGCGACAGCAACGGCGUAUGUUACCUGUACGUGAUGUUGUUGUACACAUGUGCGUGCACGCAGACACUUCUACGCCAUAGGUACAUGCACUUAUAUGCCACCAUAGGAUUGAAGUUGCACUCUACUCUCCACUCUGCCAUUUAUGAGAAGAACAAAAACAACAACAACAUUGAAAUCGGCGAAAUCCUAAACUUGGCAACAGUCGACACGCAGAAAUUAGUAGAUCUCGUAUCUAUGCUAAACUAUCUAUGGUCGGCCCCCAUUCAAAUAGGACUGGCCGUCUACUUUCUGUGGCAAUUAGUCGGACCAUCCGUACUGGCCGGCGUCGCUAUGGUCAUCCUGAUGUUACCUGUUAAUGCCUUGGUUGCAAAGAUGUGCAGACGAUUUCAGGUUAUAGAUCAGAUGAAGUUUAAGGACGCCAGGAUCAGAAUGAUGAAUGAAGUUAUCAACGGCAUCAAGCUGAUAAAACUCUACGCCUGGGAGGAUGUAUUUGCCGAGAAGAUAACAAAGGUCAGAGUUCAAGAAGUCAAGGUCAUUAAAAGGUCAGCCUAUCUGGCUUCACUUGCGUCGUUUGCUUGGACCUGUACACCCUUUCUGGUGUCAUUGACAACUUUCGCCGUAUACGUUCUCUCAUCCGAAGAGAACGUUCUCAACGCGGAGAAGGCAUUCGUUGCCUUGACUCUGUUCAACAUUCUCAGAAAUCCUCUGUCUAUGCUGCCUAUUUUCGUUACUAACAUCACCGUUGCGAGAGUGUCACUGGAAAGGCUGCAGAAUUUUUUAUCUUUGGAUGAUGAUAAUAGAAACAGCAAUCAUCUCAGUACACACACACCACACGCACACGCACACACACAGUUUAAUUAUGAUUUAUUAUUUAUUAAUUUCAUAAUUCACCGAAGGGUGAAUUUGAAGAUAAAGAGAGGUAGUUUGGUAGCCGUAGUCGGCGCUGUUGGGGCUGGCAAGUCGACUUUUUUGCAGAGUUUAAUUGGGGAGGUCAGGUGCAUUAGUGGGUGCAUCUACACGACGGGUGCAGUUACAUACUCUAGCCAAGAGCCCUGGCUGCAGAAUAUGACCAUUCAGGAAAACAUACUGUUCACGAGUGGCAUGGAUUCUGCUAGGUACCAGCGGACCUUGGAGGCCUGCGCCCUACUGCCCGAUCUUCAAAAGCUAAACGCCGGCGAUCUGACUGAAGUCGGAGAUAAGGGCGUAACACUAAGUGGUGGGCAGAAGCAGCGGGUCAGUUUGGCCCGCGCCGCCUACGCAGAGGUUAUGGACAUUUGCUUGUUCGAUGACCCUUUUAGCUCUGUUGACGAUAACGUUGCUAGUUAUCUGUUUGACAAGUUGUUCAGUAAUGAUCAUGGAUUGCUGAGAGAUAAGACGCGAAUCAUAGCCACCAACCAUUUGACGUUCCUAUCGAAGUUUGACCAGGUCGUCAUCAUAUCAUACGCAUCAAUGGAGGAACUGUUGCUGAACACCGUCAAAUUGACGUCAUCAAAAUUAUCAAAUGACGUCAUCGGUGAAGACGACGAAGAUGAUGAAGAUGACGAUAGGGAUAACAAUGAUGAUGAUAAAGUGGAUUGUGAUGAUGAGGAAAUUGGUAGUGUUGAUAAUAGUGCUGAUAAUGUGAUUAAUGUGGCCGAUGAUGUUGCUGCUACUGCUGCUGAUGCUGCUACUACAGCUGCCACUGCUGAUGUUAAUGACGAUGAUGUUGAUGUUAAGAUGAGUGAGGAUGAUGACAAGAUGAUGGUGGAAGACUCGAGUAGUGAGAUGAACAGACCAAAAGUGGCGGGAGUUUCUAAAAAAGAAAUCAUCAAUAUCGGCAAAGUCAGUUCAAAAGUGUUCCUGACCUAUUUAUAUUCUAUUGGUCCGUUGAUGGUAGCCCUAAUGUUUACAUUUUACGUGCUAAACAACGUGCUAUCGGUGUCCACAAAUAUUUGGCUCAGUAGGUGGAGCGAUGAUGAUGACGUCAUUUCUUCUUCUUCUGCAUCACGUGACGGUGGUGUUGGUUGCAUCAACAGCAAUAAUGGAAGAAUCACUCUUCUAAUUCGAUCGUUCGUCACAUCACUGGCCUGUUGCCGAGUUUCUAAAAGACUCUACUCAUCCUUCCUGCAAUCACUUCUUCGUGCUCCGCUUCCCUUCUUUGACCUCACCCCGAAAGGUCGCAUAUUAAACAGGGCAACCAGCGACGUCGCCACCUUAGAUUACGUCAUGCCCUUCACCAUAUCCGGGUUCUUCAAUAUCGCAAUAAUGACGUCCUUAAGUGUCUUGGUGAUCGUUGUAAAUAUCCCGCUCUUCCUUCUUCCUUUUGCUAUCUUACUCGUUGGGUAUAUUUUGAUACAGAAAUAUUUUGUGGUGACGGCCAGACAUCUGCGAAGGUUGGAGUCGAACAGUCGGUCGCAUGUCUUCUCUCAUUUCAGUGAGGCUCUACAAGGUUGUCUGUCAACAAUUCGGGCAUUUCGUGUUAGCGACAAGUUCAUAAAUGGCAUGUACAGUAAGAUCGAUAAGAUGCAGAGUAUUCAUUACCUCUACGUAGUUUCACAAAGAUGGCUGGGCCUAUGGCUCGAGUUUAUCGGCAACACGUUGGUCGGAUUUGUCGGGGUUUUUGCCGUUCUGCAGAGAGAAAAUCUUAGUUCUGGGGUGGUCGGUCUGUCCAUUGUCUAUGCUCUAGAUAUCAUACAGAACCUGAAUACCCUCGUCACAAUGUCCUGCGAACUCGAGACCAACCUUGUGGCUGUUGAGCGAUUGAAAGAGUAUAUCGACAUCGACGAAGAGCCAGAUAUAAUGAACGACGGAGAUUCAGAACAAAAACAUCGUCAUCAUCGUCGUCAUCAUCACAAUCAUCAUCAUCAUCGCGACGACAACUGGCCACAAAAUGGCGAGGUAAGCUUCUCCAACGUGUCGGCCGGAUAUGGUUCGGGUCGUGACCUUGUUCUUAAGGAUUUGAACUUUCACCUUCCUCAAGGUCAAAUGUUGGGCAUAGUUGGCAGAACGGGGUCUGGCAAGUCAUCGAUUCUGAUGUGUCUCACGAGGGUUUUGAACCCGGUGCCUGGGGGUCUCGUAACCAUUGCAGGUAGCGACUUAGCUGCUAUCUCUAUCAAGUUGUUGAGGAGAAAAAUUACAAUUAUUCCGCAGGAUCCACAAUUAUUUUCCGGAUCAAUCCGCUUCAAUCUCGACCCGACCAAUUCAUACACGGACGAAGAGAUAUGGACGCAUUUGGAGAGUACUGGAUUGAGUGAGAUGGUGAGAGAUUUGAAGGGUGGCCUGGAUUUUGAAUGCCUCACCGACGACAAUGUAUUUAGCUUAGGACAGAAGCAACUGUUGUGUUUGUGUCGGGCGCUGCUGAGAAACAGCUUCCUACUAAUCUUAGACGAGUCGACUGCAUCUGUCGACAGCAAAACCGAAGAGAGAAUUCGGAAUUUAAUAGAGAAAAAAUUCAAAAAGGAUAAAAAACCGUCCCGAGACAAAACUAAUCACGAGACAGAAACUACUCUGGCUACUAAUUCAUCAGAGGUUUCUACAUUAGACGAGCCUUUGUCAUCGGCGCAUGCAGAGGGAACUCUAAUAAUAGUGGCACACCGUACUGACAACGUUCUAAAUUGCGACAAAAUCCUGGUUUUGGAAGAUGGACGCGUUGUGGAAUGCGAUAGUCCCAGUGUUUUGUUGGCUGAUAGGAAUUCAAAAUUCUAUAGGAUGAGACAGGAAUUGAACCAGGCUUCUGCCAGUUCCUGAUUGAUCGAUCGAUCGUCAUCUUACGCUUAUUAUCGUGCCUUAGGAUAUGAUAAUUUGAUUUUCUCAUAUUAUUUUUGUUUGUUUUUUUUUUGUUUUGUGUGCUAAUUUAAAUGCGUUUUAAUAUAUUUUUCAGUAUUUAAAAGUUAUUUAUUUAAAUCGAAUAUUGUUCAUAGAUAAUUAUUUUUCAAAACAUACGCUUAUUUUUUAAAAUAAUUUUCGCCCGGACAGUUUUUAUUCCAUUUUAUUGUUACGGCUAUUAGUACGCAUAUUUAUCAUGUAUAAUUAAUAAAUUUUUGUAUAUAAAUUUAUUUGCCUGUGUGUAUGUGUGUGUGUAUGUCAAUGUGUGUGUGUGUGUGUGUGUGUGUGUGUGUGUGAAAUGAGACGUUAGUUUUAUCGGGCAAUAUUAUUUUUGUGUCUGCGUGCGUGUUUUUAAAUGAAUGUAUGUAGAGUUUUUAUCCCAGAGAUCACAGUUGUGCAAUUAUCUUCAUUACUCAUGUACUAGUGUACAUUGAAGCUGCGAUUUUACAGAUAUUGUGUACACAUAUAUACGCACACACACACGCAAACACACACAAACAGACAUACACACACAAACAUACACACGCACACAAACGUUUUGCAUAUAUAUAAUAUUUUUAUCAGAUCUUUAUAUUACCGUUAAAAUUUAAAACGAAAUAAAUUGUGUACCGA